AUGUUGUCCAUACCAACAACAUACGAUGAUAAGACAAAAGUCUGGAGUGGCAUGAAAUUGGAAUCGGUAUAUAAAAAUGAUACAUCAGUGGGUAAAAUUAUAUUUAAAACAAUGAGAAAUUGGCCACGAAAUGUUUGCCAGAUAUCGGAUACUGAAAAUGUGACCGUGACCUAUGGACAAGCACUCACAUGGGCGACACGUGUGGCAUUAUAUUUAAAAAAAUCGGGAUAUAAUCAUACUGAUGUAAUUGGCAUAUCUGCCAAGAAUUCAACCUAUGUAAUGCCUGUGGCUGUGGCAUGUUUAAUGAAUGCAACACCGUUUCAUUCAGUUAAUCCAUUGCUCGAUGGAGGUACCAUUAAACAUUUGUUUAAUAUAACUAAGCCAAAGGUUGUAUUUUGUGAUGCCGCUGAUUAUGAUAAAGUGCAUUCUGCCACAUCGGAAUUCCAACCGAUUAUAAUUACCUUAACCGGACAUUUGGAUGGUAUACAAAAAAUUGAGGAUCUCUUUGAGCCAUCACAUGCUGAAAUGUUCUACGAACCCGAACCAUUGCAAGAUGAAUUCCAAACUGUGGCCAUUUUAUGCUCAUCGGGUACAACGGGAUUGCCGAAAGCGGUUUGUGUGCCAAAUGGAGUCCUUAUACAGGAUAGCAUGGCAAUUAAUAGUGAAUUGAUAUACUUUGUAUCGGCCAGUUUGGAUUGGAUAACUGGCCUGUGGGCCUUUGUUUUUAGCGCAGUUUUCGGGGCAACGCGUAUUAUUACAACUAGCCCAUUCGAUCCGGCUAAUUUUUCACGAAUGGUGGAGAAAUAUAAAAUUAAUUAUUGUAUUAUACCGCCGGAGCAUAUAUCCUCGUUGGUUGACUGCCCCGAGGCCACAUCCGAGAGAUUAGCUUCGUUGAGACGAUUGAACUAUGGCGGCGGUUUGGUCACUGUGGCCACUCUCAAGAAUAUUCAAAGCCUUUGUCCAAAUGCCAUAAUCAGUUCAGCCUAUGGCAUGACUGAAGUUGGUUCCAUCGCUCUGAAUCUGGGACAAGUUAAACUGAGUGCUGCGGGCAAACCUUUGCCAGGCAAACGUAUUCGAAUAAUUAAUGAGCAGGGCAAGAAUCUGGGCUAUCAUGAGAUUGGCGAGAUUUGUGUCCAUACGGGACGCGUCUGGAGUGGUUACUACAACAAUCCCGAAGAGUCUCAUCGUGUACAGGACGAUGAGGGAUGGUUUCAUACCGGCGAUAUGGGUUACUUUGAUGAGGACAACUACCUCUAUAUAGUUGAUCGGCAAAAGGAAGUUCGCAAGUACAAGGGUCUACAAUAUUGGCCCACAGAAAUUGAAAAUGUCAUUGCCGAAUUGCCCGAUGUGGUGCGCGUCUGUGUUGUGGGCAUUUACGAUGAGCAUUAUGGCGAUGAAGCUGGCGCUCUGGUAGUCAAGCGAAAGGGUUCCGAUUUGAGUGCAAAUGAUAUAAUUGAACAUGUGGCAAAACGUUUGCUGGACACUCAAAAGCAAAUUCGAGCAGGUGUCUUUUUCACCGAUAAAAUGCCUGCAAACCUCAAUGGAAAAGUUAUGCGCAAAGCAGCUCAUGACGCAUUUAUUGCCCUUUCCAAAAAAUAA